AUGGUGAUGAUUAUCAAUAACAAGAUAAAGCCUCUGGGAGGAAAACCCAUCUGGUCGUGGUAUUCAAGGGUGGAACAACUCGAUUAUCUGAAAGGGUUUCUCAAGCCACUCGCAGCUGAGACGGGCGAACCAUCAAAAGCUAAGGAUCCUGAGGAAAUAAUUGUUCUAUCGGAUACUGAGGGCGAUAUUAACAGAGAAAAUACUCCAGUAGAAAAACCCUUGCCCUUAGUUUCUGUAAAACAAGAACCUAUAGAAGAUGAACAUGAGAAUUCCUCUAUUCCUAAUAAAAACCUGCCUUUGCCUGUUGAUAUUAAUCCCAUGACUACUAUUGUAUAUGGUCCACAUCAGCUUCAACCCCCUGUUUCUCUAUUCUCUAAGCUUGAUCUGUUUAACAUCAUGGAUGAACAUAGAAGGUCAACCUCUCUUGUCAACCGAUUAUCUGUCCCCUUAAACAUACCUCAGGUUACAGAACCCUCACAAAAUCCAAUUAUGUCACUACCACCAUCACAACCCAUAGAAACUGAUAAGUCUAAGCAACAAAAUCCUGAAAUCUCUCAACCUAUCAUGUCAGAAGAGUCACACACUGAUGAAACUAGGUAUGAACCUCCCACUGAACAAAACCCAGAAAUAACUCCAGCCAUUCCUACUGAUGAAUCUCCACUGGACUUUGAGAUUGAAUAUGAAACAGGAAAUGCCCCAGAAAUACAGGUUAUAGAUCCAGCUGAUGAGGAAGACGAUUUACCACUGUCUCAGGUGAAGAGAAACAAGGACAAAGCAAAAGGCAAGAAGAAAGUCCAAGAUGAACAAGCUGACAAAAACCCAGUGACAAAAAUUCAAGUCUUUCCAAUCCCUGCCACCGGACGCAAAACUAGAUCAUCUGCUGUUGUUAGGAACAUCAUAAAGCAACCUGCUGCUGAACAAACUACUGCUCAAGAAGCUACCGGCAGUAAAAAGAGGAAAAAGGGUGUUCCUACAAAAUCAACUCAAUCACCACUGCCUGAUAGCCAGCCAGAUGUACCAGCUGUUGCACCUCUGGAAACAAUCCGUCCUCAAUUUCUGUCUGAUGAAUUUGCAGCAAGAUGGGACUCAACAAACCAAAGGAAAAUCUUGAGUGAAAGAUUUCUGGAUGUUGAAAGGUUCAAAUCUCAGUGCCAACUCAUGCCUGUAUUUGAGAAAUUGCACUUGGCCAAAUCUGUGACCACCCUGAACAGCUACCCACCCAUUGCCAUAAAAGAAUUCUAUGCUAAUCUAAUGACCACCCUCAGGGAGGCAGGAUCAUCACUAUAUGGGCGUGUAUGGCUCAGGGGAAAUGAAUACAAUUUCAAUCCUUCCGUCAUUAACAUGUACCUGGGAAUUGAUGCAAGUGACAUUGAGGAUCCAGAUCUAGGGGCAAACACAAUUACCAAGAUCAUCACUGGAGGAACAUACAGCUAUUGGCCCUCUGAAACUAACAUGCUGCCUGCAAAAUCAUUGACCACAAAGUAUGCAAUCCUGCAUAAGAUCGCCAUGACGAACUGGAUGCCAAAUGAGCACAGGGGAGGACUGAACUUACCUAUGGCCAAUCUAAUCUACAGAAUCCGAAAAGGUAUACCUGUUGACUUAGGUGAUUUAAUUUUCAAGCAUGUGGCUUCUUUCAGAAAACCUGCCACCAAGGAGAGCAAAGUGAAGCUGCCAUUUCCAUGUACAAUUUAUGGGGUUCUUUAUGCACAAGGCUUCAGACUAGAACAAAAUAAGCCCAUGGAAACUCCUAAAGUCAGACUGAUUGAUGCUCGACUCAAACAAGGAUCCCACGUGCUUGACAUUUUUCCAGAACAUGGAAGCAGCUCUGCCCCAGCCUUGAAUCUCGACGUCCCUUACACAAGCAGGCUUACAGCUCAGCAUCUUGACAGAAGCAUCAAGGAACUCAACACUAUCAUCCAAAUCCUUGUAGAGAAGAGGGCAGUUGAAAUGCAGCUGCGUGAACAACUAAGACUAAGAGAUCAAGAGACAGCUGCUGCAACUUCUGAACCACCUGUUGAUCCUUCCAUGGCACAUGAAGCUCAAAUCACUGAAAAUCCACCGAAUGUUGAUGUUGAUGUUACCUUGAAUAGCUAG